UGGUAUUAAAAAAAGAAAAAAAAAAGGAAAAAAAACCCUGCAUUGAUUGCAUUACAAUGUGUGCUUCAGCUGAGCUGCAGUCUGGCGCACUGACCGCUUUCAGAGCUGCACGAACCCAAUGGCAAGCCCAGUCACCCGCGGGGAAUAAAUGGUGAGGUCUGACACGUCUUUGUUACGGGAAAUCAUUUGGACGGCGACGUCGCAAAGAUGGUGCGUGGAGGAGUUUAUGGCAGUCUGCGGAAAGAAGAAUACUUCGCAGGACUGCUUCUGCUGGCGGCGGCAGGGUUUGGGCUCUUGAUGCAUGAAGUCACGGCUUUGCCUGUCUGGAGACUUGAGGAAGAAGCUCUCAUGUCUGGUGUUUUAAUCAUUGGGAUUCAUAAAGACGCCCGCUCCCAUGUGCUUCACCUUUCCAGAAACAAACGCUACACGCUCACUCCAGAGAAACUGAAGUGGGACAAAUUCAAGCUGACUUACAAACUGCUGUCAUUUCCAAGGAAUCUUUUGAACGCCAGUGACACAAGGAGAGGCAUGGCCAAGGCUUUCUCCAUGUGGAGCGACGUCUCGCCCUUCAGUUUUCGUGAGGUCCCAUCUGAUCAAGAGGCCGACAUCAAAAUCGGCUUCUACUCUGGAAACCACACCGACUGUCUGCAGUCCUACCUGCACCACUGUUUCGACGGCAUCACUGGAGAACUGGCGCACGCCUUCUUCCCUCAGACCGGAGAGAUACACUUUGAUGAUGAUGAGUACUGGAUUCUGGGAAACAUGCGCUUCAGCUGGAAUAAAGGAGUGUGGCUGACCGAUCUAGUUCACGUGGCGGCUCAUGAGAUCGGUCAUGUACUGGGUUUGAUGCAUUCCCAGAAUCGCAAGGCUUUAAUGCACCUCAACGCCACACUGACAGGCCGCAAACUCAUCACUCAAGAUGAGGUUUGGGGAUUACAUCGACUCUAUGGAUGUUUGGAUCGAUUAUUUAUCUGUCCUGCUUGGGCAAAGAAGGGUUAUUGUGACAGCAAGAGGAUCCUGAUGCAGAAACACUGUCCUUCCAGCUGUGACUUCUGUUACGAAUUCCCAUUCCCCACUGCUCCGCCCACCCCAACUCCCCCGCGGACAAAACACAAGUUUGUUGUGGAGGGAAAGAACCUCACCUUCCGCUGUGGUAAGAAGAUAGCAGCCAAGAAAGGCAAAAUCUAUUGGUAUAAAGACGGCGAGCUUCUGGACUUCUCUCAUCCCGGCUACAUUUCCCUGAAAGACGACCACAUCACUAUUGUGGCAAAUGCCAUCAAUGAGGGCACAUACACCUGCAUCGUGAGGAAGAAGAACAAGGUGCUGACCACGUACUCUUGGAGGGUACGAGUGCGCUUCUGAGGACCCGAGAUGCUCCUAGAGCGCAAAUUAUAUCCAGAACAUUAGCUAAGACUAGAUCCACAGCAGCAUCCUCUCAUACUUGUUUCCUGAUUGGAAGAGAAGGUUCUGACAUCACUCCUCUCAGGAUAGCUGUAACAUUGAGGAAACCAUGGGAUCAGGGUUCAAAUUCACCUCAGUACUGUGGAACAUCACUCACUUGGGCACAUAUUCAUGUCAGUUCAUACAUACACAAUGCCAAAUGUUUUCAUAUCAGGGUUUUUACUUGUCUGUGUUGUAAAUACAUUUCCUGUUUGCAGAAUAAAACAAUUUAUUCUGUCA